CGGAAGCUGUAGUUUCUCCUUGAUGGACGUGAAGGAGGACGGGAAACAGGAACUAAGUGAGGAUGAAAGUGUGUAUAAUGAGACCGUUGUUUCUGCGCCCCUCGCUUUGCAGCUUGGUAACAGUGUUCAGCCCAUUUCCCGCUUCCUUCAAUAAAGUCCUCACACGAGCAGCAACUGUUCCACAUCAGCUUUAUUUGAGAAAAACGAUGCAUUAUCAAACGGAGCAGAGAGGACACCCGCACUCUUCCGACUACCGCAUAUAUUUUAAAACGGCUGAAGGGAAGUACAUUUCUCCAUUCCACGAUAUUCCUCUCCGAGCAGACGCAGAACAAGAUAAUGAUGUGCCGGCUAAAAAACCCAAGACAGAGAAUGAGGUGCUUUACAACAUGGUGGUUGAAGUACCUCGGUGGUCAAAUGCUAAAAUGGAGAUUGCAACAAAGGAAACACUGAAUCCUAUCAAGCAAGACAUGAAGAAAGGAAAGCUCAGAUACGUCGCCAACAUUUUCCCCCAUAAAGGUUACAUCUGGAAUUAUGGAGCACUCCCACAGACAUGGGAAGACCCAAACCACAAAGACAAAGAAACCAGCUGCUGUGGUGACAAUGAUCCCAUUGAUGUCUGUGACAUCGGUACCCAGGUGUGCACACCUGGUCAGGUAAUACAGGUAAAAGUCCUCGGCAUCUUGGCCAUGAUCGAUGAAGGAGAAAUGGACUGGAAGGUCAUUGCUAUCAAUGCCAAUGACCCAGACGCUAAAAUCUUAAACAGUAUAGAGGAUGUUCGCAAGAGCCGGCCGGGUCAUUUAGAGGCCACUGUUGAAUGGUUUAGGAAAUAUAAAGUGCCUGAUGGAAAAUCUGAGAAUCAGUUUGGAUACAACGGGCAAUUCAAAGACAAAGACUUUGCACUGAAGAUCAUCCAGUCCACCCAUGAGCACUGGAAGGCUCUGGUGCAAAAUCAAACAAACGCUGCAGGACUUGAAUGCAAAAACCUUUCAUGCUGUGAUAGCCCUUUUAAAUUCAGUGAUGCUGAAGCCAAAGCUGUUGUCCAGACGGCUCCUGCGUUUGGUAGCCCCUAUUCUGUGUCUCCAGAGGUGGACAAAUGGCAUUUCGUCUGAGGCCCCACAAACUUCUUGGAAACUGCCAAAACGUGAACAUUUGCAGAACCGACUUCAUUUCGUUUCAUUCUUCCACUUUUUAGGUGGGUUUGUUUUAUAUUGAAUAAAACUGGGUCAGAGGUAUUAAGCGCCACAGAUGCAUGAUACUUGUACAUCAUCAGCCGUUACAGAUUUGGUCUAUGUUAUAUUGAGUAAAAAGCCAGAAGUAAAGUGUUUGUGGAUGCCAGAUUUGGCAUUGAGUAAUCGUUGGUGAUACAAUGAUAAUUUUGAGUUUAUCACAACAAUUUCCUUUUAAAUUGUACAUGAUUUUGAUUAGCAUCAUCUCUGUGGUUGAUCUCUGCAAUAGACCGAAAGUUAUUCUGUAAUUUGACUUUAAGACUAUAAUCUGUGUGCCCUUGUAGUCCCAGCCUUUUUGUAUAUACCUGGAAAACAUUUUCCACUUUUGAAAAAUAAAAUGAUGUGUGUACAUUCCUUGUGUUGAAUUUAAUCGUUAAUUCUGUAUU